UUCCCCCCGUUAUAUUACAGCUGUGCCCUGACAAUUGGACGGUCCCACGUUUUAUAAUACAAAAUAGCUGUGUUGACAUCUCCAUCUUGAAGCGGCAUUGCUUUGUUCCACAGCGUAAGAGGGAGGGCGAAAGAAUUUGCGGAAGUGAAAUGACCAAGCGGGUGGGGUUUGUGGGUUUCUGUGGGAAGUAGAACAGAGUGAAGGGCUCUAGGGCUUAUUCUUCAGCAGGAAGCGUCUACAGCUCGGGCCUCCUUUAUCAUUAGAAGAAGCAGAUUAUUGAUGUCGCCGUUGCGCAGCCUCGCCGUCGGUCUCCAGCGCCAGCUACAUCCAUGUUGUCUGUGAAGAGGGAAUCGGCGUCAGCAGUACUGACGGAGCCUUUUACAUAUCUGUAUGUGCAUUCAGACUUGCUGAUCGGAAUUUCCCGAGGAGGAUCAAGCAACGUCAAAACGGCUGGUGUGGAUGCGGAGAGAUGUGUUCGCUGUCAGUAGGAUUUCAAUUCAUUUACGUUAUGUAAGAAUCUAAGCGCGCCCCGCAGCUGUACAAUACCCGAACUGAGGAGUAAUAAUGAAUAACGCGCAAGAUAUGUCUCCCGAUUUUGUGUUGAUGCGCUUGGUUUCUGCAGCGGAGUAUGAUCGUGUAGACGAGGACAAUUUGUUGACGGGGAGCGGAGUGGUUUCCGGAUUCGGGAAAGCAGCUUUGGGUCAUCAUGGCAACAACAUCAGCAGUGGGUUCGAGUUGGACCCCACUAACCCCUCCGCAGGCCCGGCGUGCCAGACCAAUCCCUCCCCGCACUGUAGUUCUCAACCGGAGAGCGGGACAGCAGUGCUUGACAGCGGCGUAAUGCUGACUCGACCCUCGCUGUCUGAUACGCCACCGCCGCCUGACUUUGCCGUGGCCCAGCGUUUCGAAUUCCCACACACGGGGGGUCGAGGCUCGCGGGCACAGCUCAUGGUUUUUCAAAAUCUCCUAGCGACCGGAGAAGGACUCGAGCAACCCGGUUAUCAGACGGGCGAAAACGACACGCAAAACGGCAGCGGCACAGGUGUGUCAAAUGGCAGCAUCGCUGACAAUUCUAACUACAGCAUAAGCGCACAACACCAGAGACUAUCCUCACAAAGACUCCAGUGGCACCCGGUAAUGCAACUCACCAAGGUAGCGGUGGACGGCAGUGACUUGCCCGUGGGAGGAGGAGGUCUCUGCCACAGGCACCGUUUAGUCACUGACACCAUGGACUGGCCUCCUUUAUUAGACAAGUCCAUCCAGUUUGGCCUGCUGGACCCGCGGAAAGCCUGUGCUGUGACUGGUAGCGAGCGCCACAGGGAGGACCCGGUGCUGAGCCUGGCCAGACGUCUAGGGGAGCUGGGCCAGGCCUCGGAGAAGCUCCUGAAGGACGGCGAGAUGCUGCGCUGCUCCUGCCAGAGCAUCCUGGCGUCGGCCGCGGCGGGCAUGGGGCCCGGAGAGGACCCGAGUGAGACCAGCGAUGCGCUGCUGGUGCUGGAGGGCCUGGGCUCGUCGGAGAUGGGCGAGCUGGCCAUGGGUGGAUGCACGUGCCCAGGUCCAGACGCCUUUAAAGGAGAACCGGGGGCCCAGGAGGGGGGACCCGACACGGGGCAGGAGGGGGCGACGACGCCGAUGACUAUGACUAUGACGACUAUGACGGUCGCUGCGGGGACGGCCACCUUCUCCAGCAGCUCCCUGAGCGGCCUCAUGCGGCAGGUGCAGCGACUCGCCGGGGCCGGGGUGGGGGUGGGGGUGGGGGUGGGGGCCGACGCCUGCUGUGAUCCCCAAAUGUGCCGUGCCGCCCUCCCUGACACCCCCAACCCCUCUACUGCGCUGGCACCAGACGCCUCCUCCUCUUCCUCCGCACUCUCUCCUGAAGUGCCAACUGCUGCCACCCCCGCAUUGGAGCACCCUCGGCCCCUGGACGCACCCUCUCCACCCACCCCCACCCCUGCCGCCCACACCCCACGGAGUCGCCCCCCCACUCCCAAGCGCAUCGGCUCCCCCAUGGCUGUAGCGGCCGCCCUGGGCAACGGCACCAUUGGCGCCGUGUGCGAGAGUCAGAAGAGCCGAGGGAAGUCGAGGAAAGGCUCCCUGAAGAUCCGCCUCAGCAAGCUCUUCCGCACCAGGAGCAGUGGCACGGGGGUGGGCGGCGCCGGUGGCAGCGGGGGUCCCAGUCCCUUGCUGGACAAACGUCCCUCCCUGGCCUCGUCCACGUCCUCGGGGGGCAGCCUGAUGGACGUGUGGAGCUCGUCCAGCGCCGAGCCCGACGCUACUAGCAGCAGACCCCAACUGUCGAGGCCCCAAAGUGCCUUUUCUCCAGUGCCCUUCAGUCCUGCCUUCACUGAUGACUUUGGCGCUCCCCAGCCAGGGGCAUCCCUGGACAACGUGGUGGGGGCAUCGAUGCAGUCCCUGCCCCUGAGGGCCCCACCCCCGUCCCACGCCAUCAUCCAGCACAGCCUCAGCCUCAACGACACCUUCCUCAGAGGACUGCCACGGCCCAUACCCCUGGUGCUGGAAGGUCCGAACUCGGCCCGACCCGAGCAGCGCCCCUCUCUGUUUCCGCUGAGCCGACCCGACGCCAACAACUUCGCCACCAGCCUGAGAGAGCUGGAGAAGUGUGGAUGGUACUGGGGCCCUAUGAACUGGGAGGAUGCUGAGAUGAAGCUGAAGGGGAAGCCGGACGGCUCCUUCCUGGUGAGGGACAGCUCCGACCCACGCUACAUCCUCAGCCUCAGCUUCAGGUCGCAAGGAGUCACACACCACACGCGCAUGGAGCACUACAGAGGGACGUUCAGUCUGUGGUGCCACCCGAAGUUCGAGGACCGCUGCCACUCCGUAGUGGAGUUUAUCGAGCGCGCCAUCAUGCACUCCCAAAAAGGCAAAUUCCUCUACUUCCUACGCUCUCGUGUACCAGGGUUGCCGCCCACGCCGGUGCAGCUGCUGUACCCGGUGUCCCGGUUCAGCUCGGUCAAGUCCCUCCAGCAUCUCUGCCGCUUCUGCAUCCGACAAAUGGUCCGCAUCGACCACAUCCAGGAGCUGCCGCUGCCCACGCCUCUGAUCGAGUACCUGAGGAAGUUUUACUACUACGACCCGGAGGAGGAGAUGUACAUGUCAGUCAGGGAGGCGAGGCGAGUCCCCAGCACGGCGCAGCCCACGGAGACACAGACGUAACAGUCCUACCAGAUGAAGUAUUCCCUUUAUUUUUGUAAACGUGAAGAGCUGCCCAUGAAGACUGCACAUAGGGCUGGGAAGGGCGCCAGUCGGACGCAGGAGCGUAUCAGACUGCUGGUGUUCCUCCGUGACGGGGAUAGGCAGUGGGUGGGGGUGGGGAGGAAGG